UUGGUCAUUUUCAGGCAAGAAAAAUCAAGAGUGUCUGGCCACACAAAAUACGCACUAAAGUGUCAUUUUUCACCGGAUAACAAGUGUUUUGCAACAACUGGCGCUGACGGCUUUGUACGUUUGUGGGACACUGCAAACACAUCAAUGCCCAUGAAUUCUAUUGAUGUUACUUCGGAUAUGCACAGAACUACUCAUUCAGAUAGGAUGGAACAGAAAUGGAUUUGGGAUUGCGCUUUCACAUGUGACGCGAAAUAUCUUUUUACCGCUUCGGGUUACCAGCUAAGACUGUGGAAUCUUGAAACCGGAGAGGUAGUGCGUCGAUACCAGGGGCACAAUAAAAUGAUCACUUGCUUCACGUUUAGCGACGGCGGCAUUCGUAAAACAGUGCGGCAAAAUGUUGUUAACGGUGAAUGUGCAUAAAC